AUGAGCUCUAUUCCGAUUCCGAACGAUUUUAACAAGGUCUUGUACCAACCUCUCGCUGAGGCGGACCCCGAGGUGCAAGAGAUUAUCGAGCGCGAGACCUACCGCCAGUUUCGCGGUCUCGAGCUAAUUGCAUCCGAGAACCUGACCUCGCUCGCUACCAUGGAAGCAAAUGGCUCGAUCCUUACAAACAAGUACUCUGAGGGUCUUCCCGGUGCGCGCUACUACGGUGGUAACGAGUUUAUCGACCAGCUUGAGGUACUCACGCAGAAGCGUGCGCUCGAGACGUUCGACCUCGACCCGAACGUAUGGGGCGUAAAUGUGCAGUCGUACUCGGGUUCGACGGCCAACUUUGCCGCGUUCACCGCGCUCCUCCAGCCGCAGGACCGUGUCAUGGGCCUUGCUCUCCCUGACGGUGGCCAUCUUACGCACGGCUACUACACCGCGAAGAAGAAGAUCACCGCAUCCGCGAUCUACUUCCAAUCUUUCCCCUACCAGGUGGACCGAUCCACCGGUCUCAUCGACCACGAGCGCUUGAAGGCCAAUGCGAACCUCUUUAAGCCCCGUCUUGUCGUUUGCGGUGGUUCUGCCUACCCCCGCGACUGGGACUACAAGUUCUUCUACGAAGUUGCCAAGGCGAAUGGCUCCUAUUUGCUCUGCGAUAUGGCGCACAUUUCUGGUCUUGUUGCCGCGAAGGAGAUGAACUCGCCAUUUGAAUACUGUGACAUUGUCACUACUACGACACACAAAACGCUCCGUGGCCCGCGCGCCGGCCUUAUCUUCUUCCGCAAGGACCGUGAGGCUGAUAUCGAGGCCCGUGUGAACGCCGCUGUGUUCCCUGCUUGCCAGGGUGGCCCGCACAAUAACACCAUCUCUGCUGUUUGCGUGGCGUUGAAGCAGGCAUCUGACCCUGCCUUCAAGAACUAUGCCAAGCAGGUGCGUGCGAAUGCGCAAGCGCUUGCCGCAAAGCUUUUCAGCUACGGCUACAAGCUGCAGACGGAUGGCAGUGACAACCAUCUCGUCCUCUGGGAUCUCCGUCCGAUUGGUCUUACAGGUUCCAAGAUCGAGAAGCUUUGCGACCUGGUGCAUAUUACGCUGAACAAGAACGCGGUUGCGGGCGACACUUCGGCUGUUGUGCCCGGCGGUGUGCGUAUUGGCGCCAAUGCCCUUACUUCGCGCUCGAUGAACGAGAAGGACAUGGAGAAGGUCGCUGAAUUCCUCCAUCGCGUCGUGGAAAUCGCAGGUGUGCUUCAAAAGGAGGCUGGCUCUAAGCUUCUUAAGGACUUUGUUGCAAAGGCCACCACUGGGGACGGCGAAGGCCGUCAGCAGCUUAAGCAGCUCUCUGUUGAGGUGCAGGAGUUCGCGACCAAGUUCCCCUUGCCCGGUGUUCCUGAUUCUGCUAGCAUCAAGCGCUUCCCUGAUGCGGAGGAGUAA